CCCGAGCUGCAGGACGACGACGACCCGGCCGCCGCUGCUGUGGCCGCCGCCGCCGCCGCCCCGCAGCCCGAGCACAAGCAGCAGAAGCUCUGGCACCUCUUCCAGAACUCGGCCACCGCCGUGGCGCAGCUCUACAAGGAUCGCGUGUGUCAGCAGCCGGGCCUUUCACUUUGGGUUCCCUUCCAGAAUGCUGCCACGGCGGUCACCAAUCUCUACAAAGAAAGUGUUGAUGCCCAUCAGCGGAGUUUUGAUGUAGGAAUCCAUAUUGGCUAUCAGCGUCGGAACAAGGACGUGCUGGCUUGGGUUAAAAAACGCAGAAGAACAAUUCGCCGAGAAGACUUAAUCAGCUUCCUGUGUGGGAAAGCGCCACCUCCACGAAACUCUAGAGCUCCCCCAAGAUUGACUGUAGUAUCUCCCAACCGAGCUGCUUCCACAGAAGCCAGCUCCUCUGUAGAGACGGACUUGCAGCCCUUCCGAGAAGCCAUAGCCCUCCAUGGUCUUAGCGGCGCGAUGGCUAGUAUAAGUGUCCGCUCAAGUACCCCAGGCUCGCCUACUCAUGUGAGCAGUGGCUCCAAUGGUGGUCGAAGGAGAAAUGGACUCCAUGAUGUUGACUUGAACACUUUCAUAUCCGAAGAAAUGGCACUCCACUUGGACAAUGGUGGAACUAGAAAGCGUACCUCAGCCCAGUGUGGUGACGGCAUUACGGACUCUCCCACCCAUAAACGCAACCGUAUGAUCUAAAUGGCAAAGCCUUUUUGACCCCUUCCUUGCUCCCCCAUCCUCCCUUCCCGCCAUGCUGCUUGAAAGCCACUUGAACCUCAGCAUCCUGCUGGGAAGAUGAAACCGAGGCGCUCCCUCCCGAGUCAUAAAAAAAAAAAGAAAGAAAUCAGUAAUUGCCAUAAAGGAAAGCUUACAUACUGACAGUAGAUUCUUCUCGUAACUACAGCUUUCUUCAGAUUAGAUUAUUUAGCAGAGGACUUCCAAUGUUGUGUUAUAGCUAGCAAGCUCAUCGCAGGCAGAACAUGCAUCUGUUACAAGGCUAAAAGUGACCUUACUUGUACUCUUAAAGGGAAAAAAGGAAAUAUCAGACAUUUAUUUGGUUAUAGAAAUGCUUUUUUGUCCUUAUUUCUUGCUGUGUUUAAAGAUUUUGCUUCAUCAGUAUCGCCACUUUUGACAAUGGUGUCAAAAACAUGACUGGCAUGUCAGACCUGCAGGCUUCCUUUGGAAUAUAUAUAUAUUCCAAAUAUAUAUAUAUAUAUAUUUUUUCUUUUGAAAGCUCUACUGGGCACAUGAACCUUACCUAGUUAAGCGUGCAAAGUUAUACUAAGUACUGGCCUGUACCCUCUUGUAAGUCUUAAAAGCAGUUGGUGGCGGCUGUGGGGAACUGGAGGGGGGGGGAGAAGAUUCUGUGAUGGUUAUGCAGUGGACACUAAAUCAGUACUCCAAAGCUGUUCACGGGGUUUGCUUUGCGCAGGUUAACUCUGAAGUAGCUUUCCUUCUUCGGAAUUUUUAAUUGGAAGUCUUUUCAGUUGGUUGCCUAGUGUAAUUUUGAGUCCUCCCUUGUAAGGAAAUGCUGGAAUUCUGCCCGAACUGCCUGUGAGAAAAGGGAGUAUGUUCUGUAACAAGGAGAGGAACACGUGGUUUAGGUACUACAGGUAUGUAUUGUAAACUUUCUGUGAAGGAAAAAAAAACAUAGAUGGAGUGAAGGGGAAAUGGGUGUGUGGGAGCCAUUUUUUUUAAAAAAGAUACUGAAUGUUGUGUUUUCCCACUGGGCGGGCUGUAAUUUCCAAAAUGCCUGAGAGAAUUUUGCCUGAACCUGCCAAUGUAUCUGUAGCUUUCUCUCACUAUCGGAGCGGGAUGUGGGGCUUUCAGUGUCCUGUAAAACGAACUUCACUGGGAAAGGUUUCGGUGUACGUGCGUCCCGGGGCGAGAUGCCACAAAGCUAAAGUAGUCCAUAGAGCCUUGGGUUUAAUCUGACCCUAGUUUGGGCCUAGUCACCUAGGGGCAGAUUUUCUAAACUGUCCCCCCAGAGUCAGGGAUGGAACACACCUAUCAUCUAAACAAGCCAUGGAGAUUUAGGGGAGGCCAGAUCUAAAAAAAGAUAAACUGCUCUGCCUAGGGGAACAUCAUUAGUGGUGCAGGGAGCCCCAUCCAUGCCUGGUGCUCAAGAUCUGUCCUGUCUUAACCAAGUGCCAGUGGACAGGUUAAAGAUGCCUGGCCUGCCGCUUAGCUCCUCUUGAGAUGCGCAGGCUGGUGGUGAGCAGCCUAGCCUUCAGCUAAAUUGACUCUGAGCCCUGCUUGGCUUGACCAGCUCUCUAAGACAUUGAACAUCAGCAUCUCGCUCAAGGCAUUCUUUAUGCACCGUGGCGUCAGGUGCCGAUAAAGCAGGCUUUCUCUUGCCGACGGUGGCUUUCCUGUUUCCUUUAAUCGCAGGGGUGGGAGGUGCCAAAUGCACGUGGAUGGGUGUGGACAAAAGUCCUUGCGGAGGGGCCUAGGGGUGGUAUGGGAGGAGGAGGAGGAGAUCGGAAUGGACCUGGAGCGCAGAACAGUAGCAAGGAAGCUGUUGAAGAAUGGGACACAAGACUAUGCCAGGCUGCCUGGCAUAAAGAUGUGGACCUCAUUUCAGUUUUCUGCCCUUCUUGGCAUGGAUGUCCUUAUUACUGCCAUGGAGAGGAGUUUGGUUCGAAACAACAGGGUACUCCUUCAAAGGUUGAGGCCAUGAUCAUGCAUCACAAAAGGCAUGCUGCUUCUUUUUUUAUUUCCUGCUUUGUAGAGCAUUUUGAAAUAACUGCUUAUAAAACAAAAAAGCUUUUGGGAGUUUUUAAACAGCUACGUGGUGCAGUGGCUGAAAGCGUAGCAGUUCAUGAGAAUCUUAAAAAUGAGCCUUACCUUGAGCCUUGCGUUUCAUAGUCUCUGGGCAUACAGAUUGCCAGUGUAGCUCCACCUCGCGAACUACCGUUUGACUGUGGAAAAAGUACCCCAGGGCUUCUGUGUGACAUCUGUGGUCCCUUUGCUCACAGGCUAGGACUAACUGCCAUCUCUUGAGAACUUGCACGUAAUGCUUGUGUGUUUGUGUGUGUGUUUUUUUGGGGGGGAAGUGUCUGAGACCAUGGUGUAAAGAAAGAAACAUAACAUACUCUUUAAAAAAAAGGUGGAACUGGAUAAGGAUAGAAAGAGGCUGCCUUAACUGAGCAUAGCAAUUUCAAAGCUUGUGUUUUGAGAGCAGUUAGGUUGAAAUGGAUGGAGAUAAGACUGUUUGCCACGACUGUGUGCGCCAACCUCUGGAUUUAGUUCACGGGUAUACUUUGUGGGCUGGGAGGGAAACCCUGAGAAGUGGAUUUUUAAAAACUGUGGUAUAUUAGCUUUGGAAUAAUUGAAUGGGUCCCAGCAGGUAAGCCUAGAUGCAGUGGGUUGUUUCAGCUCAAUCCACAAGAUGACACCAAGCCCGUGAUGUGUGGAGUCUGUCUCCCUUCAGUCGUCCCCCCCCACAGAAGACAAUAAUUUCUCUGUUCAUUCAUGCUUUGAAGCUUUGCUUUCAGUUUUAGCUCCUCUGAACAAAAUUUUGUCAAGCAUUUUUUAUGUAUUUGGUGCCAUCUUUUCUUAUUGUAAAGAGAAAAAAAACAGGCAUGGAUCUGGCUGCACUUAUAGUGUAUAAGUCUUCAACAAACCUUUUUUGUUGUUGUUGUUGUACUGCUUUUUAAAACCCUGGUAUAUGCUGUCGAAAAGUUCAGCCUUCUGCCAAAACCCGUACAGACUGCGUGGUGGCCUCAUCUCAGAAAUGGAUGUGUAGCAGAUUUCUCAGGUGCGGGUCACCCUUCCGUUGUGACUUGUGGAAGAACACAACUAUAUGUUGUAAAACAAGACAUGUUUAGUGUUUGGUGAUGGGGUAGGGGGAGUAUUCUGCUGUUCAGCUCUUUUUCUCUGACUCCGUUGAAUGCCUUCUGGUGAUACUUGUCUCAUCUCUUUUCCCCCAUGUAAACCAAACUUAACAUGAAUGUGGGGCAGAUUUUACAUAUAGUGCAUCUGCAUUGAAGCUGAGCUUGGCUUGCAUAUUACUAAAAUUCAAUUUAAAUAUUAAAACACUUGAGCUAUAGUGAAGUAAUGCAAAGCUGAUUUUUUUUUUCUUCCUUUGUCUGAAAUUGAACUCCUGCAAUCCUCAAAUGUGACUUAAACCCUUCUGGAGAAAUAGAUACCUUUUUAAAACCCUAAUAAAAUUAAGUAAAAUAAACCAG